AUGGUCACUGGCCGGGCGGAGAGCAGGAGGGAGUAUGUAGGGAGAGGAGGUUGGAGAUGCAGUGGAAUUAGAGGGGACCUUGUAUGUAAGGGUGAGGAGUUUGAAGAGGAUUCUGGAGGGGAAUGGGAGCCAGUGCAGGUUUUGCCAAAGAGAAGUGGCUCAUGUGGAGCGGUGGGAGAGGAAGAUAAGUCUAGCUAUGGAGCUGAGAACAGAUCAGAGUGGAGCGAGAUGGAAGAAUGGGAGGAGAAUGUUGCAAUAGUCAAGCGUGACCAGUGUGAGGAGAAAGACAUGAGGCUGAAGACGGCAAUAAAAGAAAUUCUGAAAUGUGACAUUGAAAAAGAAAAUAUCACAGACCCGGUGGUGCUGCCACAAGCCGACUGCGUCAUCACAGCCUGGCUGCUGGAACUCACCUGCAAAGAUAAAAAUGAUUACAUCAGCCAUCUGAGGAAAAUUACAAAGUUACUGAAACCUGGAGGACACCUGCUAUUACUUGGUGCUUUAAAUGGGACUUAUUACAUGGUUGGGCAGGAGAGGUACCACAUUUACAAAAACGACGAGAACAGUGCAAAACAAAUUCUCAGGGAGGAAGGGUUUAUUAUUGAUCACUAUGAUGAUAUAAAAACAAAGUCAGUGAGUGACCUCACUGAUUCUGGGGGAGUUAUGUUCAUUGCAGCUCACAAAGAGAAAUAG